AUGUCUGGCAGCGCGGAGUGUGCGCGGGGGCAGGGGUGUGGUGUGGAUACGCGAAGUGACACGGUCGGGUGGUGUAGCGGCUCCAAGCGCAGCACGCUCGACAUCGAGGGCAAGAUCGCGGAGUGGCGCGAGCGGAGCGCGGCGAGUGCGGGUGCGGGUGCGGGUGCGGGCGCGGGGGAUGGGGUGGGCGCGGGCGCGGGCACGGCGCUGCUGCUGGAGGGCCGCGACGUGGUGUGCGCGCUGCUGCCGCCGCCCGCCCUCAUCGACGACCUCAAGACCCGACUCGACGCCAAGGACGAGGACAACGAGUCCGGCAUACACGAGUCCGAGUAA